AUGAGCCUGUCUACAUUUUUAUUCCUCGGUUACAAAACCGUGAAGCAUGGCACACCGAUGCUAUUCAACAUCUUGGCAAGUCUCAGCAAAUCCUUGGCUCCUCUCACUCGAUAUUUAGCCAAAACGACCAUUAUUGGACCUCUAUUUGCCUUUGUGAUACGAUGCUUGUUCUUUCUCGGUUUCAUUUUAUUGUUAAUGAGCGAUCAGCUCAUCCGUGCAGUGUUUAGGCUGUUUAUUGGAAGACAUCCUUCCAAACAAAACUACUCCAUCACAAGUGCAAUGGAUCCUCGUAUAGAACUAUUUGAUGAUACAAUCCCGAGAUCGAAACAUUUGGAAGAUAGCGAACUAUUCAGGCAGAGAAAGCAACUGCGCAUGACUGACUCCACUGGCCCUGAAUCACGCGCACUCACAUCAUUGUUGAAGAGGCCAAAAUACUCGGUGCCUCUGGCUUAUACACUCUCCGUAGCCAGUAAAUUGGUGUAUGAAGAAGUCGAGAUCAUUAAAUACGAGCUGAAAAGGGCAGGAUUUGAUGUUGACCGCACAUUCAAGCCAAUUGCUUAUAAGAACAUUUGUGCUUUCAUCGCUGAGAAAGAUGACGAUAUUCUAUUGGUAUUCAGAGGAACCAAUCCAUUGAACAUCCAAAACUAUCUCACCAACAUCUCCAUGACCAUGACAGAGAUCAAAUCACCGUGGGGGCCCAUGGGUAAGGUACACAAGGGCUAUUGGAAGGCCAUGGGAGAGCCCAUGAAGCGUAAGGACGAUCAUGAGACUGUGAAAACGACCAUGACACCAGAUGGGCCGGUGUUGCGCAUCGAGCUUACAAAUACGUCAGUAUACCGAACCAUUGUAUCCGCUGUUCAGGGCACAGCUAAAAUUAUCAAGUUCCUGACGACCAAUCUGUUUCAUCAUGUCAAGGAGCCCAUUGAUAGCAGUUGGGUGGGACCUGAUAUCGAUAUUCGUACCAACAGCAUGUACGCAUUGGCAGAAAAGCAUAUUUUAGAAUUGAUUCAUCAUCAUCACUCGCCAGACGAAAAGCAAUCGAGAAGAAGAUCUGGGCUAUCACACGGGGGUACAGCACCCAGCACCACUGCAACAAAAAAGAAAAAGAGACUGUUCAUCACAGGGCACUCGCUAGGAGGCUCAAUGGGGUUGAUCUUUCUCGCAAAGAUGCUGCAAUCAAAGAGCCCAUUAUUGGACCAUUUUGCAGGACUGUACACGUAUGGACAGCCCAAGAUUGGGGAUACCGAGUUCUCCAAGGUGUUUAGUCCACGCAUGACAAGCAAGAUUUUUCACCAUGUGUAUAACAACGACAUUGUGCCCCGUAUCCCUCGUUUUUGGCACUACGAUACCCCACCUGGAUCACUCGUCUAUAUUGACUCUGCAUUCAAUAUUACCAUUUACCCGCCAAACCCUUACACAAAUGAACCAGUGCCUGUACGUCCGAUUUCGUUCCUGCAUUUAUCUGGAUUGUUGAAUCGAUAUGUCAUCCGUCGCCUGCCCCGUGAAAAUCAAAUCCGCAUCUUGUUUCGUAUUCUGUUUCCCUUCUUUAUGAAUGACCAUUUCAUCAACGAUUACUGCCAGAGUUUGCGACAAGGUAAAGUGCAGUGGGUUAUCAUGGGUGCUGGUGGACUGGAAGGCGGUGAUGAAGAGCAACAAAAGGCUGUACACAAGCGCGGCAGUCUGCAGAGACGACUUAGUAUUGUAGAUGUUCAUGAUUGA